UCCAUACAGGACUAAAAAGUCCAGAUAAGACCUGUACCUUAUAACCUCAGGAUUCAAAAUGAACUUUGCUGCACAGUUUUUCUUCACAAGCUAUGUGGGGGAAACCUCACCAGCACGGAGGGGGUUCAGUGACACUGAGGAGUACGACCCCUUCUGGCACAGGGAUGAUCAGCGUUCAAGCAGCAACAUAAAGACAUGCUCAUCUCGUGAUGGCCAAUGCCAAAAAGACAGCAUCAUCAGCAACGGCGUCCCUAUCCGACGACCCACCCUCAUCUGCCCCGAGCGUCUCCGAGACUUUGGCGCUGAGGAGUACUUGAAUGGGGAUGUGAGACACUUUAAGACCAAAGUGGCAGAAGUGCCAGAGAUGCAACUGAUGGCACCUCCUAAACCCUCCAUCCAAAUCAACAAUGACAUCAAGCCUGCACCCAAGCCUCCCGCUGAGUACCUCAGCUUUGAGGACAUCAGUGCAGCAGUAUUAAAUAUCCAACAGGCAGGAAUUCAGAAGACCCCCUGCACAUACUCCAGACUAUCAAAAUUGUAUGGGAUGGAGAUUUUUCUGAAGAAAGAGUACCUCCACUACACGGGUUCAGUAAAGGAGAGAGGAGUUCUGUAUCUGCUCUCCUCCCUAAAACAGGACGAGCAGAAGAAAGGUGUCAUUGUGGCCACAGACUGUAACUUCUCCAUGGCAGUCGCUUACCAUGCAGUGGGGCUGAGAAUCCCAGUCUUUGUCAUAAUGCCUGCUUAUACUUCCACACCACGGCUGCGCAUGUACCGGGACUAUGGUGCCAUGGUCAUUUCCUAUGGCAGCACGGCACAGGAUUCACAAAACCAUGCUCACCAUCUGGCCAAGGAGAACGACUACCUCUACCUAGAGGAGGAUGACCGUGUCGUGUACCUGGCAGGUUUGGGUACAGUAGGAAUUGAGGUUCAUGAGCAAGUGCCCAAACUGGAUGCAGUCAUUGUGCCAGCUGGGGGACAGAGUGGAGUGCUGGUUGGGACUGCUGUUGCUAUUAAACACCUAAACCGUCGCAUCUCAAUCAUAGGGGUUGAGCCAGAGGAGUUUCCACUUCUGCUACAGUCUCUCAAAACAGAUUCUCUUGUCAGUGAUUUCUCCCGCACCACAAAUAAAAAACUCUACCAAGAUCUAAUGCAGCACUCACUGGGAGCACGCACUUUCCAGAUGGCCAAGAAAACGGUGGAUAAGAUGAUCUCUGUUCGAGAGAAAGACAAUUUGGUGGCGAUGCUGAGGUUUCAGGAGUAUGAGCACACCACCGUAGAUACUGAGGGAGCCAUGGGACUGGCAGCCAUCUUGGCGGGUCAACUCCCAGAGCUGAGGGGUAAAAGAGUAGCAUUGGUAGUUGCCAGUGCUAACAUGGAGCUGGACAUGGUGAGGGAGUGUGUAGACAGAGCUCUGGUACUGGAUGACCGCGUAAGCCGCAUCAGUGUUCAGCUGGGAGAUGGGCCAGGAGACAUGGCUAAACUGCUGAACAUACUGGCUCGGGAAGACGUCAGGUUGUUGGAUAUUUGCCACCGGGGAUACGGUGAUCAGGUAGAUCUCUUUAAAGUACAGGUGGAGUGUGUUGUGGAGCUGAGGGAUAAGAGUCAGAACUGCCAUCUACGCAGGACGCUGUCUGAUCUCUACCCUACACUGCGCUGGCUGGACCAAUGAAUUUGUCAUAAUGAUCGCUGAUCAUGCAUACAUGAACUCACACACAUUACUGAAGGUUUUACGGAAUAACAACACACCGUUAUAGACAAAACACAAGCAUAACCAAGACAUAAAGAUAUAUCUGAAUGCACAUACACACACAUCAAAUAAAUAUCACAUACAGUACAUCCAUAGCCACUAAUUAAGAGUUAUUCUUAAUGUGAACUUU